GCCCCGCCCCUCGGGCUGCGGCUGCGCUCUUCCUGCCGUUUUCUGCGUCCUGCGGUUUUCCGCGCGUUCGGGCGUCGUUUCGGCGCUAGAGUUCCCUACCAAUUUUUUCCAUCUUUACCAUGUGGAGUCGGCGGCAAAGCCACCUCAGACGGGUGGCCUGCGGGGUGGAGGAGCUGCGGUGCCGCCGGCGGGAGCAGGAGGCCGCACUGCGGAAGGCGCGGAGGGAGCAGCAACUGGUCAGCAAGAGGCUGCUGAGAGAAUCUCCAGAGGAAGCCGCUGGGGAAGGUGCGGCCGCCGUUCUCGGGGAAGCCGAGAUCCAGCAGUUCCUCCGACUGGCCCAGCGGGGAACGGAUGAAAAAGAGAGAGAGAAGGCUCUGGUCAGCCUUCGUCGAGGCUUGCAGCACCUUGAGACACAGCAAACCUUCAUCUGGAUGGAGGGCAGUAUGCGGAUCCUGGUUGGGCUCCUGACCUGCAACCGGGCCCUGUUGCAGCUUGAGGCGGCUCGGUGUCUUCAUGAACUCUCUCAUUCUGAGCAGUCUGCGGUGGCUGAAGCCUGCCUGCCAGCUACUUCCUACCUCCUCAUCUAUCUCUCCGGUCACAGUUCAGACUUCAUAGAGCUGUGUCUCUAUACACUGGGGAACUUGAUUGUGGAGAGUGAGGCUGUGAGAAGGCACCUCCUGCCACAGGGCAUUGUUCCAGCUUUGGCCUCCUGCAUUCAGUCCCCCCAUGUGGCUGUGCUGGAAGCUGUCGGAUACACCUUGUCCCAGCUUCUGCAGGCUAAGGAAGCUCCAGAGAAGAUCAUUCCCCAUAUCCUGGAUUCUACUCUGCUCCAGCACAUGUUACAAUUGAUGCAACCAGGCCCAAAGCUGAACCCUGGGGUUGCUGUGGAGUUUGCAUGGUCCCUUCACUAUAUCAUCUGCAGCCAGGUCAACAAUGCCCUCCUUAUCACUCAUGGGGCUCUGUCUACUCUGGUGCUGCUGCUGUUGGACUUGGCUGAGGUGGUCCAGAGAACGGAGGAUGUGGGACUGGAGCUGCUUGCAUGCCCUGUGAUUCGGUGUCUAAGCAACCUGCUAGCAGAGGUGGCCACAGAGGAUGUGGGAGGGCAAAUGGAGCUCAGAGAUGAACGUAUUGUGGCAGCCUUAUUUAUCCUACUUGAGUUCUUCCUUCAGAAACAGCCCAGCCUGCUUCCUGAGGGCCUCUGGCUCCUCAACAAUCUCACUGCAAACAGUCCUACUUUGUGUACUUCUUUGCUCUCUCUGGACCUGAUUGAACCCCUCUUACAGCUGUUGUCACUAUCUAACGUGGUGACCGUACUGGAUUGUAUAUAUGUCUCUCUGCAGGUGCUCACAGUUCUGUGCAAUGUUGCAGAGAAAGGUCCAGCUUACUGCCAGCAGCUGUGGCCAGGGCCCCUGCUUCCCUGCUUGCUAAACACAGUGGCCCUGUCAGAUACUGAUGUAGUAGGCCAGAGUUUGGAGCUGCUACAGCUGCUGUUCCUCUAUCAGCCAGAGGCUGCCCAGGCCUUCUUGCAGCUAUCUGGGCUGCAGGCCUUGGAAAGGCAUCAGGAGGAAGUCCAGCUUCAGGAUCGAGUGCAUGCUGUCCAGCAGACAGCUCUUCAUUGCUGACUUGGCUUUUUAAUGUCACACACUCUUAACAUCUCACCAGCUUCUUGGCUCAUUUUCUUUCAGGAAAAUGAGGACCAUUAUGAGCUUACUUUCUGCUCUCAUACGUUAUUCAAAACCUUUGGAUCCUAGCUCCUCCUCUUACCAGAUUGUUCAAACAGGAGCAGAGGGGAAAUGAUACAGUGCAUUUAUUCUGGGGCCUUGGAUUCUCCCACCACAACCCCAUCCUGGUCAGCUGGUGGCUUUUGAUGAAAAAGAAUAAAGUUUUAUUUUUAUAUUCAA